UGGACAGAUAACGUCCUCCCACUUCGCUCGCAUUUGCCCGGAACUAUAUUUUUAAUGCGUGCAACGGUGCAGAAAGUAUAGCCUUUUCAGUUAAAGAGCAAUCCAAAAAUGAGUGAAAACGUUGAUUCAAAUCACAUAAAUCAAAGUAAAUCUUCGCCAGAGGAAAGCCUCGAAGACCUAGAGUGCCUUAACUUCCCCGGCGAUGUUGAUUGGUCAUCGACUCUCGUACUAAGGUGUGAUCCGAGCGCUGGCCCUUACAACCUCAGUGACGUAACAGCAGGUUUGUUCAAUAUAGUCCGUCGCAUUGAUGUCUUCAAUCUAGGUGCCACAUCUUUGAACCAUGCUUUCACCAUGAGCUUCAAAACCACUUACGGUUUGGAGAAUUUCGUAAAGUACUUGAAAAAUCCUAAACUGUGCAAAGGCGUAAUGGUAAAAGGGCACCGUUGCACGUUUACCAGAGUGCCAAAUAAGUGUGUCACUGUAAUAGUUCGAUGGAUACCGCUAGAAAUCGACACAGCUCACAUAACAGAAAUAUUUAACAAAUAUGGAGCCAUAGUAAAGACGGAGUUACUGAGGAGCAAAUUCAGAGGUUGGUUCAACGUGUACACUAACGAAAGGAAGAUAACGUUGUGUCUACGACCAGGAGUUACGCCACAGGACUUGCCGUACGGGAUUGUAGUAAAGGAACUGAUUGGUGCCGUUUUUGUUGAAGAACGUAAUCCAAAAUGUCUAGAAUGUUAUUACACAGGUCACAAGAACGAUUCGUGUGAACAUGAACAAUGCGCUUUUAAUCAAAUUAAGAAAUGAACACCAGCUACCACUAUUGUAAUUAGAAAAUUUUUGAAGUCAUUCCAUGCUUCUCUUUAAAAUAGUAAGAAACAAAAAAUUGGCAAAUAAGAAAUAAAAAAUGGUUUUCAGAAAA